UGGAGAGGUCUAUGCUCACACAUAUCUAAUUGGUGAAAAUAACAAAGGCUUGAGUCAGUUUAAGAAGCCGGAGGGUGAGAGUAUGACCCUAGAUUUGGUGAUAAGUACUGCAAGCGGAUUCACGAUGGAGUAUAAAGACGUCGAGCCAUUUAACGCUAAGAAAGCUGAAUGUGUUCCAGAGUCAGCUCCUCUCUUCGAACCCAAGGCAUGGAACAUCACGGAAGGUGAUUACAAGAACAAACAUCUGCUCGUCUUCAGCCUGCUUCGACAAAACGCAGCUUUAAAGUACGACGGAAACAACUUGGCAGAACCUCCAAAUGGACCGAAGUGUGAACUCUUCGUUCAGAUGCAAACGACUACAAGAUGCUCAUUGUACACAUUCCAACGACAACGCCACCGACUACUUCAACGACCACGGAGGAUCCGCCAACGGAAACAUCAGACACGACUGAAACGACAGCUGAUUCUUCAUCCGCAACUCCGCCUACGACCGACAACGGCUCCACUUCCAUCAAAACGACAUCUCGAACAACGACAAAGCCCCCGGAACAACAAGAGCGUGGCGGAGGUCUCUACAGUUCAAUUGGCAUUGCUGCUGCUGGCCUCUCUGUCGGGAUCGUCAUUGCAGUUUUGGUCUGGUUCUGGAUGA